CGUAACUUUAGCGGAUGUGACGCAUAUCGUGAAUCGUGGACGUGAAAAUUAGACAACUGAAUUUAGAAUUUAGCAUAUUUUUUUUAAGUUUUAAUGGGCUUUUUAUCUCAGAACUGUUGAUAUACGUGAACUAUAAAAUUCUACUGAUGGGAUCUGUUUUUUUGAAAAGAGUAGAAUAUCUCUGUCACAAAUGAUAGCCAGACGAAGAAGAAACAACUCUGAGUCAGAUGAUCAACCAAAUCCAUACAACAGAUACCAGGGCCCCAGUGGACAGACGUUUGUAACUCAAUCCUCACCAGCACAGUCAUAUUCUCAGGAGCCUCUCCUUUCAGUGUAUGACGGCGAAAUGUCAUGUCGAGAUCGGACCAAUGAGUUUAAGUCGGCAGUGAAAUCGCAACAGACUCGACAAGUCAAUGGAGUUGUGUCAAGGAAAUCCGCUGCUAUCAAGCACCGGAGUGAAUUCACACAGAUUGCAAAACGUAUUGGAAAAGACCUUGCCAACACAUUUGCCAAACUUGAAAAGCUUGCAUUGUUGGCGAAGCGCAAGUCACUGUUUGAUGACAAACCCCUUGAGAUCCAGGAGUUGACUUACAUCAUCAAGGAGGAUAUGAACAGCCUUAACAAACAGAUAGCCCAGCUACAACAACUAGCCAGGGGUCAGACGACUGGGGCUGGGCGUCAGAAACAGAACCACUCUAACACAGUGGUCGUCACUCUACAGUCCAAGCUGGCAACCAUGUCCAAUGAUUUUAAGCAGGUUCUUGAAGUUCGGACUGAGAACUUGAAGCACCAGAAGAAUCGGCGGGAGGAGUAUUCCCAGUCCUCUGUAAUGACGACAACCUCACAGAAUGGCUUUGGAAGCCCAGGUCAGUCUGUCCUGCUGCAGGAUGAGGUUAAACACAGUGCAGGGGCAGAGGGUGGGGACUUCAUGAUCAACAUGGACGAUAAUGAACGUUCCCGAUACCAGCAACAACUACAACUUAUAGACGAGCAGGACUCGUACAUAAGCAGUAGAGCUGAUACCAUGCAGAAUAUAGAGUCAACGAUUGUGGAGCUGGGCUCAAUCUUUACCCAGCUGGCACACAUGGUCAAAGAGCAGGAGGAGUCAGUCCAAAGGAUUGAUUCCAAUGUAGAAGAUGCUCAUCUUAAUAUAGAGGCCGCACAUGGAGAACUGUUGAAAUACUUCCAGUCUGUGACUAACAACCGCUGGUUGAUGAUAAAAAUAUUUGCAGUGUUGAUUAUAUUUUUCAUCAUAUUUAUUGUGUUCAUGGCCUAAUACUUGUGUGAGAGGUAGAGUUCAAGUGUACCAUGUGACUGAAGAAUCAAGAAGUUGUUCUGAAACGGGCAAUAGGAUACAGACAAUAUUGAAACACAGGAGUUUUAAACAUAAGGUGCCUUUACUGUGAUUGGUGUAUGAACCCUGGGAUAAAUCAACUAUUUACUAUUUUAACUCCCGAGUUGCGGUCAAAAGUGUGGCUUAUAUAAUAAGAGCGAUCAGACUUUGUGUGUCUGUUAGUGUCGAUGUAAGUUAUAAAUAUCUUGAUGCAACAUGCAAGAGGAGGACAUAAAUUUUAUAACAUCAUUGAUGUACACAAAUGGUUUAAUCUUUCUGUUGUUAUUUUUUCUGAUGAAAAAAGUUUUCAAACUCUCUGGUUAUUUCUGUUUUUUAAGAGAAUUUUAGUCCACUGUAGAUCUGUAUUUUAACAUCUUGAUAACCAUACUUUUUUGUAAUUAAGCAUAAUUAUGAUGAUUUCGUUUCAUUUUCAUUGUAAUUUGACAGUCGCAAAUUGCAAACUGUUAAACUAAAUGAUACAACUGUAUUCAUGGUCUCAUAAAUGUUCCUGAAAGCAUAAGGGGGUUAACAGGUGUUAGGUUCAUAGGGCCUAAAAAAAAAAUUGUUUGGUUAGGGUUACAUCCUUUUCAAAAAUAGGUAGGGUAGGUAGGCUUUUUAUUUUUUUUUUAUUUAUUUUUUUUAUUAGGCUUUAUAUAAGAAUGUCAUUUUCAUCAUUGGAGAAUGGUGUUAAAGUUAUCUUCUGUAUAAGCAUUUAAGGUUUUAAACUACAUAUUGAAAAGCAAAAGCAAAAAUUUUUUUUUUUUUUUUUUUUUUUUUAGUUUUUCAUUUUUUUUUUCAAGCUGACUAUAAAAACGUUAGGGUCGGCGCCUAUUCCGUAGGUAGGGUCGGGUAACCCGAACCAAAUGUAUUUUUUUUUUAGGUCUAGUCAUUAUGGGUUGGACAUUCCUAUUUCACAUAUACAGAACUUUGUAAGUCUUCCUCUGAAUCAGCAAUUAAUCAUGCUUGUAGACUUUCAUUUGAUGUAAAACCUUAACCUGUAAGGUUGACCUUGUUCAUUGGUUCACGUUUCACAUAUUGAAAUGCACUAUAUUUUUAAAACUUUUGAGACAAUUUUGACUUAAACUUUUUAUAAUGGGGCUGAAUGAGCUUAAUUCAAGACAAACAGUUAUACAGCACUGUUGAGAAGUUAUUUUUGAAUUAAGGUAUUGAUAUGACUCUCAGUUUGAAUUAGUCUGAUAAUAAUGUGUUUAAGUCAUCAUUCAUCAAUAAAAACAUAGACUUAUAAUCUUAAAGUGACAUUCUUAUUCAAAAUCAAUACAUACACAUGUAAAACAAACACCAAUUUUGACUGAAAAACUUUGUCAGAGCUACUUUAUAAUACUAAAUAAUGCAGUUAUGGAAAAUAUUAAUUACCGAUAACAAGAUUGUAACCAUGUAUUUAAUAGCUGAGAACGCACAUAAAUUAAAUGAUUGGUGAAUGCUAAAAGAUUUAUUUUGGUCUACUUAAGUCUCAUAAGGUAAAAUUACCAUGUAUCAUGCUCAUUUCUUUCAAAUUUUAACUGGUAUCCUUCAUAAGAUUCAUUGUUUUCAACAUUUAUUCAUCUAUUUUGAAUAUUUAAACAAUAUUAAAAAUUGUGGUAAAUCUUAUUUGGGAGUAAGACUGCAUCUUUAAGCAAUGUUCAUUAUUUAACUCCAUCAGAGAUCUCCAUCUAUGUGUUUUUUCAUGAUUAAAAAAUUACUUUUUUGAAUUAAACUUGUUCAUUCCGCAUAGAAAUGGACUUUAUAAUGCAUGCACAUGGUAUGUGUAUGGUUGUAUUAAAUUGUAGAUAAGAAAUAUUUUACCAUUGUAUGAUUAUUUAAUGCAAUGUUGACUGUUUUGAUUGUUUUAUUCCAUGGUAACAGUUUCACUGUCGUCAUGCAGACAUUUUGAAGUAAUAAAUUAUACAAAGAAUUU